UAGAGCCUUCGUUGGCAGAGAAACAACACCUUUUGGUAAAUCAGAGAGAGACCAGAAGAGGGGGGGAAAAAAAACAAAAUUAAAUAAAAAAAUCACGACGUCUCUCUCUGCUUUGUGUCUUCUCAAUCUCUCUCGGAUCUGGUCCAAAAAGUUUUGGGGGCUUUUUAAAUUAAUUAAUUGACGCAGGGCUCAAGUUCAACGGAUGCCGUUUUGAGCCUCUUUGAUAGGCUUUAGGGAUUCAUUUGUAGAACUUCUGUGGCACGAAGGAGAGGUGAAAAAAUGGACAAUGAUGAGACUGGAUGCCAAGCUCCUCCAGAACGACCUAUCUUGUGCAUCAACAACUGUGGCUUCUUCGGUAGUGUGGCUACUAUGAAUAUGUGUUCCAAAUGUUACAAGGAUAUGAUUUUGAAACAAGAGCAAGCUAAGCUCGCUGCAUCAUCUAUUGGAAGCCUUGUGAAUGAAUCAUCAAGUAGCAAAGCGAGUGAACCUGUUGCUGCUGGUGCUGCCACUGUGGAUGUGCAAGUCAUUUCGGUGGAGUCUGAAGUUAUCUCUGUGCAGACCUCAUGUGGUUCAAGCUUGGGGGAGAGUGUUGAAGCAAAGCCUAAGGAGGGUCCCAACCGGUGCAACAGUUGCAAGAAGCGGGUUGGCUUAACAGGAUUCAAAUGUCGCUGUGGUAACAUGUUCUGUGCAUCACAUCGCUACUCAGACAAACACGACUGCCCCUUCGACUACCGCACUGCUGCCCAGGAUGCAAUAGCUCAAGCAAAUCCUGUUGUCAAGGCAAAGAAGCUUGACAAAAUCUAAAUCCAAUGAAAAGUUUCAAUUCACCAAAAAAGAGUGAUAUGGUUAUUUUCAUCUAUGGGGCUUCUUCGGAAUUGGCUGCUUAUGUUAUCAGGUGUCCUUAUUUAUUGUUAUAUAUGAUGGUGGGCAGGGGAAUGAAUGAGAAUUAGGACAUCUCUGCAAAGUAUGAAGAACUCUAUAUCUAUGAUUGGCGAGCCCUUGUAUGUUGGCUUCAGUGUUAGGGUCUGAAUCUCUGUGGUCUCUGUUUUGAUGGACUUUUUGGUUUGGCUAGCUGUGAAAUAUAUGUCAUGUCAUGUGGCAUAUAUAUUCAUUUCUGGUGGUUGUUUCUGUUAAAAUGGUUGUUCAAUUUCCAGUUGAUAUGAAAAUCAAAUAUCCAUGGAUCUUCUUGUGCCUAUCUUUGUAAAUUUUUUAUUAUGCUUUUAUUUUUCCUUAAA